AUGUCUUUUAAGGCGAUUGUUGCGUGUCGAGACUGCUGCCAUAGAUUGUGUUUGAAACAUGCUAAGGAUACAUUGCGCAUUCUAGUACGCAAAAGAAGCAAAUGUGAAAAGAUUCAUGGCAAACGUCAGUUUGUCAGUUGUGAAAGAUGCGAUAUUGAAAUUCCAGCUGAUCAACUGGAAAAACAUGUUCAAGAAUAUGAGGCUCGUCUUUCUUCGUCAACAAGAAAGGAGUCGCUUAUGCCAAGUGAGUCUGCUCAAAUUACGGAAGGAAUUCCAAAACACAGUGAGGACAUCGAAAGGAAAGAAAGUUUAAAUCGGAGACUGGAUACCUCGGUGGACAUGGAAACUGACGUGGAGGGUCAGUUGGCCGAAUUAGCAAAUGGAGGCAUACAAAAUCAAUCAAGAACUCAUUUGAAAAGCAAAAAUUCGUACGAGAUGGAGAUGGAAGCGACAGAUAGAGACGUCAUUACUUCGAAUUCAACAGACAGUGGAACACGAGAUCUUCAAAAGAAUGCAGAGAAAACCAACUCACCAACGGUUCUUGGCCAGACACCGGGAUUUACGGAAAAGUUGGAAAAGUAUUGUCAGCACAGUACACAGAACGAAGAAAAGAAAACAGCAGCUACUGGCUUAAAAAAGCGCAUGGAAGAAGAACAGGAUCAUUGUCCUGUUGUCCUUUUUGAAAGCCGCCUCAUCAGUAAAUUCACCUACGGGGGAUGCGAUCAUGAAGAAACCGUUGAUGAUCAACUCUUUCGUAGCAUCAUGGUACCAGUUCAAGAAAAUGUGAAAACACUGGAAAAUGGACUUCACCUAUUUUUUAAAGGAGAGGAAUUCCCAAGUAGCACUUUGCCAUGUAGAGAGUGUAACGUUUCUCCUGACAAACACACGGUUACAACACAAGUUCUUCAAAUUGUCAAGGCUCCAGAAAUUUUGAUGCUGCAACUAGCUCGAUUUGAGGAGGUGCCGAUGGCAGGGUCAUACAAGGAACUGAGAAAGACAGACCAUAUAGUGGAGUUUGGAAAGUCUUUGAUUUUGGAAAAACAAUAUCACCAAGACAAGAGAGAGCUGCAGUUUCAGCUAUACGGAGUCGUCUUACACUCUGGAAGCAUGCAUGGCGGGCACUACACCUCAUUUGUGAGGAAAGCUAAAACCAACAGAUGGUUUUAUUGUAAUGACUCCAGUGUCCGUGAAGUACGCGAACGAAUGAUAUUUCAAGAGUCGACAUUUAGAAAAGCUUAUGUACUCUUUUAUAGCGACCAAAUUUAA